AUGGGGGAGCAACAAGAUGGAGAGAUGAAGAGAGGAUCAAAAAGAUCAAAAGGAGCUUCGUUACAUGUGGAUCUAAUCUGGGAGGUACUCUUACGACUGCCUUCAAAAUCUAUAGUGCAGUCUCGGUGCAUGUCGAAGCUCUUCUCUUCCUUAACCACCCAGCCAGAUUUUAUUAGGUCCUUCGCAGCUAGAUCAAGUCCCUGUCUUCUCAUCUUGUUCGAAGUGGAAAGCAAGCUCUUCGUUUUCUCCUUAUCACAACAACAACAACAGAACAAGAACCCUGCUGUGGCUCAUGUGGUUGACAGAAGUUAUUCAAUGCUUUGUCCAGAUAGGUAUUUCUUUUUUAAUAGUGAGUCAGUCCAUGGCUUGAUCUGCGUUGAGAAAUUAGGACACCCUCAAAUUUGGAACCCAACUACGAGGCGCUUCUCAACAUUACCCAUUCCUGCACGUAGCUGGAAAGACGGCUCGGUGAGCUUUUUAGGAUACGACCCGGUUGACUCUACGUACAAAGUACUGUCUUUGUCUUGUGAUGGACGUCGUCGUCCUCGUAAGCCUCGGGCUCUUACACUGGGAGGAGACGGAGCUGGUCGAUGGAGAGUCAUCGAAGGUGUCCCUGAACAUGCCCCUUUCCCCUUUGGAGCCCUAUGUGUUAAUGGGGUUCUGUAUUAUUUAGCCGCUCCCACUAGUCCUGAACAUUAUACUAAUCAGUCUCUGGCAUGCUUCCAUGUCAGAUCUGAAAAGUUGAGUAUGAUUAAAGUACCAUGGAAUCUGACUUCUGGUUUUCGUUCCCUUGUUCAUUGUGGGAAUAAGUUAACUUGUCUUGUUUCCUUAGGGGAUGAUCUUAAUAUGUGGACCCUAGAGCAUGCAGAGAAACAUGAGUGGUCCCAUAGACAUGUUUGUUUACCUUUUCCUCGCCAUGAUCCAGUAUCCAAAACCCGGUUUACCUUUAGAGGUGUUAAUGGUGCUGGUGAGUUUAUGUAUGUACCAUUAGCUUUGGCCAAUCCAUUCCAUAUUAUAUAUUUUGAUCCAAAGGGAAACAGCUUCAGAAGAUGCGUCGUUGAUGGAGUUGCGGAUGAACAAUUCAGGCGCCUGAAUGGUUUGCGGGACAAACCUCUCCCGAUCGCCUCUGCUUAUUCCAAUCAUGUGGAAACUCUCAUGACAUUGUAA